CAAAGAAACAAGGGCAAAGCGGGAUUAUCUCCUGCAUCGUGUUCAGCCCGACGCAGCCCCUCUACGCCUGUGCCUCAUAUGCAAAGACCGUCGGCCUCUACUCCCGCGUCGAGGGAGACCCCUUGGCGAUGCUCGUUGGGCACCACGGGGGCGUCACCCACGCCGUCUUCUCCCCGGAUGGCGUUUACCUCUUUACUGGCGGUCGUAAGGACGCGGAGAUUCUCUGCUGGGACCUCCGGCAGCCGGGCGAAAUCGUCUUCUCGCUCCCCCGCACAGUGUCCACCAACCAGAGGAUGUAUUUUGACCUGGAUCCGAGUGGACGGUAUUUGCUGAGUGGGAGCACCAGUGGCCAGAUUACAGUCUGGGACACCAGCCAGCCUCCCCCCGCGGACCCCCCAGCUACGUUGCAGCCGUUGCUGCGGUUCCAGGCCGUGGGAGAUUGUGUGAACGGGAUCAGCCUCCACCCCAGCCUCCCCUUGUUGGCCACAACCUCUGGCCAGCGCCAGUUUCCCGACCUCCUGGACAGCGGAGAGGACGAGGCGGAAGAAGGAGGGCACCAUCCAGCCACCCCUCCUCGGGCGCGGGGAGACAACGCCCUCCGGCUGUGGUGGUGCUCCGCGCCGUCGGGAGUCGAAGGGGCUGUUUCGUAGCCCGAGAAAACCAGACUCGAACCGUGGCCUCUUCUGUGGCACAUGCGAGGAGCCGAACGAGAAUCGCGGCACCCCCCGUGGUGGGGCUGCUCCUGGUGUGUGUAGAACCGGGCGCAUGGCCAUGAUUUCCAAACGUGGUGUAAAUCCUUCCACACGGACGGGGGACCUUGAAGACCGGAGCUUGUGCUAGAGACACAACCGCAAAGGGGCGUUUCGGGGGGCAGAAAGCUCCGAGGAGAUUUCGGGAGGUGUCCCGAAUCUUUCUUCUUGGUCUCCUUUCCUUUUUGAUCCAAAUGAAGGUAUUGGGUCGUUUCCCCCCCCCCCCAGGGUUCUUUUCCCAGAAUUCCUCGCUCCUCUGAUAUAACCGGCCUGACCUAGGCUUCCCAAGAUCACGAAGCCGACUCCU